AUGGCUUCUUCAUCCCGCCCACCACUGUCGCUUCGGCGGCAUUCCUCCAUCCGGCAUCUUAGACAGCCUGAACAUGACGACUUGGCUCAGUCGUUGAACCAACUCAACAUCUCCACUUCGCCCGGCCGAGCUCCGUCCCGCCUUGCCUCCGAACCUGCCUCUCCCUUCCGUCCAUCGGGCCGCCGUACUUCGCAGUCACCAGCACCAAAUGCCCGAGCACCUUCACGGAGCCCUUCCCAGGACCCCUCCUUGGGCACGCCUACCCUCCUGCGGAAAGCCUCCAUGAACUCAUUGCGCUCUUCUAAUGGAAUCGGGCCUGGUUCAACGUCGAGACGUUCUAGCGUGGCACAUGUCAUGUCACCGACACGCAGGGCGUCUUAUCAAGAAAAGAUUCGGCCGACACCUCGUUCUAUUGCUCACGACAACUUGAAAGCCGAAUUGCAUGCACAUCAUGGCUCUAUCACCACCCGUCCGACCCAAACAAUUGUGGUGCUGAACGACGCUGUCUACGGCCACCGUUUCUCCCGACCCCGAACUUCUCGUGCCGCCCUCGGUACCAUUGUUGAACGGCCAGAGCGGAUAAGAGCUGCAGUGUUGGGUGUGUCCGCAGCCUAUGUGCGCUUGGGCGGCAGGCAUUGUGAAGGUGAAUACCCACUCCACCCGGGAAGGGAGGCAGAGCAUCUCCAAGGGAUCCCUUUCCGGAUACACAAGACGGAUCGCACUCUUUCUCUUCUUUCACCAGCCGUAGUCAAUGUACAUGGAGCGAAAUGGAUGGAGGAGUUGAAGACAAUGUGCGAGGCGGCCGAAUCGAAGCUUGCAUUGGGCGGAAAGGAACUCCAAAGACCCGAGAUGAAUCGGGGGACUGACAAGUCUCCCGAGAAAUUUCACGAAGGGGACUUGUACCUCUGCUCGGAAUCUCUCAAUGCUAUGGAAGGCGCCCUCGGGGCAGUUUGCGAAGCCGUCGACACAGUAUUUGGUCCGGGUCCGCGCCGUGCCUUCGUAGGCGUUCGACCCCCGGGUCAUCACUGUUCUGCUUCUUAUCCUUCUGGUUUCUGUUGGGUCAAUAACGUUCAUGUUGGUAUCAUGCACGCAGCUGUCGAGCACGGGCUCACCCAUGCUGCUAUCAUCGACUUUGACCUUCACCACGGCGAUGGAUCUCAGGCUAUUACAUGGCAGCAUAAUACUCGAGCGAACAACGCUGCCAAGAACGCAGCAGCGUGGAAAAAGUCGUCAAUCGGCUACUUCAGCUUACACGACAUCAACUCGUACCCGUGUGAAAUGGGCGAUGAAGAAAAGGUUAGGAGCGCCAGUAUCUGUAUCGACAACGCACACGGCCAAACGGUUUGGAACGUUCACCUCGAACCAUGGAAGUCAGAAGAGGAUUUUUGGAAACUCUACGAAACGAGAUAUACCGUCCUCUUGGAAAAGGUUAGAAACUACUUCAAAAAUCAGGCAGAGCGAUUGAGGGAAUCUAAAGAGCCGCCCAAGGCUGCAAUUUUCCUGUCUGCUGGGUUUGAUGCCAGCGAGUGGGAGGGUGAAGGCAUGCAACGCCACAAGGUCAAUGUCCCGACCGAAUUUUAUGCGCGUAUUGCCCAAGACGUUGUCAAGCUCGCAGCUGAAGAAGGCCUCCACGUUGACGGCCGCGUUAUCAGUGUAUUGGAAGGUGGCUACAGUGACCGAGCUUUAUGUUCUGGCAUUAUGAGCCAUCUUAGUGGACUGGCUGGUGAUCAGACAAGCGAGCAAUCAUCAGACAGCGCCGGCUCUUUUGGAGUCGACACGGCUCAGACGUCACCAAGCACGGUACCACAUGGCGUUGAGCAAAAAUCAGCAUUAGACUCCAUCCAUGCUUACGACCCGUCAUGGUGGUCGACUUCAAACAUGGAGGAGCUCGAGAUUUUAAUGGGCGACCCCAAUGCUGCCGCUUCCAAAUACCCGCAAUAUGUCACCCUUCCAUCCUACUUUGCUCCGACACAGGCGUCAACGGCUAAGUCCUCAGAUCCUACGAAGAUGCAGCGUAGCUUGUCCAAGUUAGGCUCGGCCACGCCCAGGUUUCCAUCGCCGCCGCCACCAGAAGUCCCCUGGGCGGUUGCAACUCACGAACUUAGCAAACUCCUUAUCCCCUCCACACGCGAAACUGGUAGUUGCAGGCCUGAGGAUCUGAACGCAGAAGCAAGCAGGGUCAGACGUGACCGGCAAUCAAUAUUAAUGGGAAUCGACCCUAACCCUCCGCCCAAGGCUUCUACUUCACGUCCAACAUCGCGAAUGUCUCUGCGCGAGAGACGAGCCAAGCCAGCACCACCCCCUGAGCCAACCAUCGACAAGCCACCUAAAGGUCGCAGAAGCACGAUGGGCCCCACUACUGUCGCUUCAGAAAAGGCGGUUGCCCGCGGCGUUCCCUCACGAACAAACAGUGAUGAACCAGGAGUGAGGAGGUCCAGCCGGCGUCUUAGCGAGAUCCCGGUGUCUCUCACUUCACGGUUAUCUUCUCCUGAGGCAGUCCUGCCCGAAGCUGAUGAACAUGCUCAAACGGUGCCCAACUCUCCCGCGGCUACAACGGCCACAACGGCAGCUCCAAACGGCGACUUGCAAGUCAAGAAAACUCGGAAUCCUGCUGCUCCUCGCAAAGAGCCUGCACCUAAGGUACCUCGGCCUACCAAGAAAGCCACCACGGCAACUGGUCCUUCACGUCCAGCUUCUGCCGCCCAAAAGGCCAAGUCACCAGAGCGAGCUCCAAAGAAUGGCACAGCGGGCGAUGACGUUGACAAUAUCACUUCUGGGAUGAGGAAGAUUCGUAUCAACUUGAUCACUCAGUCCCAAAAGGCUGCUAAAGCACGUGCUCGCCUUGAAGCUGAGAAAGUCAACGGCAGCGUCUCUGCUAUCGACCAGGCUAAGCCUGUCGAAACGCCAUCUACUGCUGCGCAUCCAUCAAAAGCCCAGUCUGAUGACCCGAACACGGUUGUUGUGUCUACUGAGGCUUGCAACCACUCUCCUGCGCAGUCGCUGCCAAUCAACCCUACACCACCUGCCACUACUUCAUCGAGCGGCAAUAUCACUCCUUUGCAGGAGCAGGAUCCUUUCAAUCCUUCUGGGUAUGUUUCUCGGUUGGCCUCUCCUCCGCCGAGUUCGCCACCCAUUCCCUCAGUUUCUGUCCAUCCUAGCGCAGAAGCAGGUGAUGUCUUUAUUCCCUAUCAGCCCGAAGGUCCCGCACCCAAGCCCAUCACUCAGAACGAGCCAUUAAAAUGGCUCCCUCCUAAUGUGCCGACUUCUUCUGCACAAACACCAGCCACGACACCCAGUCCAAUCAAGAAGAAUAAACUCUUCCAGUACGCUUCUUCUUCUGGGAUUCCUUUUGCGCCCCGCACCGGACAUCAGGCAAAAGGUGCCGCGACUACUAAGCCCGCGGGGCCCGAGAUGAAGUAG